CUCGCGGGACCCAAGCCUCUUGGACGAGAUUUCUAUCGCGCGGGCAAAUCAGUAUCUCGCGAUAACUUGAAGAGGAAACGUGAGAGUGAAAGUGGACGCCUGCGGAAGUCGGACAGUUCUUUCAGCUCCGUGGAGGCUCUUUGAUGCCGGUUCGCGUACACCUCUUGUUUGAAAGCUCUCAGCGGGACAAUGCUGACCCCGCUGAAAGCAAAAUCAGAAGGGAAGCUUGCAAAACAGAUUUGCAAAGUUGUGUUGGAUCAUUUUGAAAAACAGUAUUCUAAAGAACUGGGAGAUACCUGGAAUACAGUAAGGGAGAUACUAACAUCUCCAUCAUGCUGGCAAUAUGCUGUCCUGCUUAACCGAUUCAAUUAUCCUUUUGAACUGGAAAAGGAUUUACAUUUGAAGGGCUAUCAUACCCUCUUUCAGGGAUCUUUACCCAACUAUCCUAAAUCAAUGAAGUGUUACCUUAGCAGAACUCCAGGCCGAAUCCCUUCAGAAAGACACCAAGUUGGAAACCUGAAAAAGUAUUACCUCCUAAAUGCUGCUUCUCUUCUCCCAGUAUUGGCUCUGGAAUUAAGGGAUGGGGAGAAGGUUCUGGAUCUGUGUGCUGCUCCUGGAGGCAAAUCAAUAGCUCUGCUGCAGUGUGCUUGUCCAGGUUAUCUUCAGUGUAAUGAAUAUGAUAGUCUGAGAUUCAGGUGGCUGAGGCAGACGUUAGAAUCUUUCAUCCCACAGCCUUUGAUAAAUGUAAUUAAAGUGUCUGAAUUGGAUGGCAGAAAAAUGGGAGAUGCCCAGCCUGACAUGUUUGACAAGGUGCUAGUGGAUGCUCCAUGUUCAAAUGAUCGAAGCUGGUUAUUUUCCUCUGACUCUCAGAAGGCAUCUUGCAGGAUAAGUCAAAGGAGGAAGUUGCCUCUUCUACAGAUAGAACUCUUAAGGUCUGCAAUUAAGGCCUUACGUCCUGGAGGGAUACUUGUAUACUCUACAUGCACACUUUCCAAGGCAGAAAAUCAAGAUGUGAUCAGUGAAAUUUUAAACUCCCACAGUAACAUGAUGCCUGUAGACAUUAAAGCAAUAGCAAGGACUUGCUCGCAAGACUUCACAUUUGCUCCCACUGGCCAGGAAUGUGGGAUCUUAGUGAUUCCAGAUAAGGGCAAAGCCUGGGGCCCAAUGUAUGUAGCCAAAUUGAAGAAAUCAUGGAUCACAGGAAAAUGGUGACACGAAUUUGUAAACCAUGUUUAUGUGUUAUUGUAUUUAUUUUUCUGAAUUCGGUACAUGUUAAUAUUUAAAUAAUUAUGCAGUUACUUUUUCUGGGUCUGUGUGGAAUCCUGUUUAGUUAAUACUUUAGCAUCUUAGAAUCUAGGCUUGAGAAUUGUUCCGGUGUAUUUUUUUUCCUAGAAAUAUAUCUGUAGCAGUGAUUUAAGGUGGUGCAGAUGGCGUCUGUUCUAUAUAAUCUGCUGUCUUUGCUUGGCAUUUUAUAGUUAAAUUGAUCAGAAUAUGUGGUUUUAUGCAUAACAUGUUUAGAACUGUAUUUUCUAUCUAUGAUAGUGCUUUUAACCUUUGAAAAUGUGCAUUUGUGGUGCUCUGACCAUAUCCCCCCGUAUCAAAUGUAUGGAUUUAUUCAGGUUUUUCCCCUCCCCCCCACUUUUGUAACUGAUUGUCUCACAACUGAUUGGUAUUUGGAGACUAACUUUUUAAGUAGCACUAUUUCUUGUUCUAGCAAAAUAGGUUUUUUAUUUGCAAAGUUGUUUUCUGUUAAAGAUUAUCUUCUGUUUACUGCAAAGGUCAGUGACUCUUUUGACACCAACUUUAUUUCCCCCACUUUUUUUUUUUGUAUUCACAAAUACAAAUUGAAAGGGCAAAUUAUGUUGAAAGGCCUUUAGAACAGAAGAUUCAGAUGCACAUGUUUGACUUUUGACAUUCAGCUUAUAGAAUUAUGGAGUCUAUCCAGCAGGCCAUAAAGCAAGUACUGGAGACAAAACCACAAUGAUUAAUAACUGCAAUAACUGAACUAUAUUUGGAGAGCUUUGUUACAUAAUUGCAGUCAUAAUGAGCACUACAAAAUCUGAUUAUCUUACAGUCACAAUCUAGAGGGGCUUUUUAUUUCACUUUGUUAUAAAAUGUUCUGUGAGAAUAUGAUGUCACAUAUUAAUGCACAAGAGGGAGAUGCCUAAUGAGAGUGGAUUAUGUGAUUACCAGAACUGAAUGCCAUUUACUAAGUGGCUCUCUAUGUUUACACAUAUCCUGGGAAUACUGUAUACAUUUCUUUAUAUGUACUUAGGGUUUUAGCUUCAGUUAGGAUCACACGUUCUCUCCAGAAAUUACUUCACUUAGAGUCCAAACAUAUUUUUCCAACUGUUAAGAAAAAUUAUGCAGCACAUCUCAAAAGAUUGCAUCUCUUUGGAAACUAGCCUUUUUU